UAUAGUCAAUAGCUUUUUGAAACUUGUUGUCUGAAAUAUAAAAAAUAAAUUGUUGUCUGUAGUGCGCUUACAGAAAUCAGCUAUAUCUCCUUUUCAAGAAUCGAAGGUGGUCGUGCUAGUGACUUGUAGAAAAUGAUGGAACAGCUUGAUCAGCUUGUAGACAAUGGAUGGGCAUCAAUAACUUCUCGCAGCGCUGCUCUUCGUGUAAAAAACAAGAACGUAAAAUUGGCUUUAUGUGUGGUCACCUCGGCAUACCUGUCUAUACUCCGGGAGGGAUUCAGCAUCGGCGUGCAAGAAUAUCUGACAGCUAAUAUGUCUAACAACAUUCAUAACAAUACAUUACACAAUACAACUCUAACCUUACACGCAAAUUUCGACGCUAAAUCAAACUAUAAUGUGGGCAGCAUGAUUGGUGGACUCCUAGCUGGAUACAUAACUAACAGGAUGGGCAGAAAAAAAGGCUUGCUUUGGAGUAACUGUUUUGUAAUAUUCGGUUUUGUUUUACAAGCAUGCUCGAAGAUCACCAACUAUGCUGUACUGCUAAUAAUGGAAAGAUUUUAUAUGGAAUUCUGCUAUAGUAUAUACGACAGAGUGGUAGCUUUAUACCUGGCAGAACAAUUUACAUCCAAAUCCAUACGUGCAAUCAUCGGAUUAUUUUACCGACAUUUAAUCACCAUCCUUCUGUCGCGACACCUGCGUUGGGAGUCAAUUUUUGGUACACCAAAUUACUGGCCAUAUCUACUGAUGCUGAUGAUAAUUCUAUCUGCUAUACAAUGGGUAUCAGGAGAGGACAAAAACGAAGAAGCGGAGAAGAAUGUAACUCUCUGGACACUGCUCAGCAACCAUCCUCUUCGGCAGCACCUUAUCAUCCCCAUGAUGGUAAUAAUAGCACUGGAGCCGCUAGAAAUCUGCAGCAAAAAAAUCUUCAUCACUGAUAUCGAUGGAGAAGAAUCUCUCGCAAAUGUCCAACAAUAUAUAAGAUAUUUAAAUGUUGUGAUGACGCUGGUAUCUGGGUUAUUAGUGGAAAAAUUCGGUCGGAAGACACUGUUGCUGACUGGGUUCAUCGGCAUGUUCAUCACCACAGUAGGACUGUUCAUCACCAAUCAAUACACGCAUGUCCCUUCCUUGCACUUCGCUCUGGUGAUCCUGUUCAUGAUGAGCUCCGCAAUAGCUCCCUGCACUAUAAUCUGGUCCCUCUUCCGCGAGUUAUUCAAGAAAUUGACGUGUACGGAGGCGGUAACUGUCAAUAUAGCUCUCUUCCAGUUAUCCAGCUUGAGUUUGUUGCUAUUACCGCAAGCGUUUGGAGGCAUCCUCAUAAUAUUUGCGGUGCUACUGAUCUUCAUGCAAUUCAUAGCGUUUAAACUUCCGGAACCAAAGAACAAUACUAUAGACAAAAUCACCACCAUGUUCCUACAGCUAAUACCAUAA